CAUUUUCACGUUUCUUUCUCUCUCAUUUACCUAGUCCAAGAUAGCGACUUGCGUACGUACUACAAAAUUACCAUCAUUGAAACAGUCUUAGUUUCUUUCUGUUACUAUUUCACUCUCAAUUUUUGCACCCUCUGGAGUCAAUUAACAUAGCGUCGUCGUGCUUCUUGCCUUGAAAUUUCCAUAACCACAUGUUUCUUUCUUUCUUCCCAUCCUUUCAAUUCAAUUCCAUUUCCGCGUCUCUUUCUUAUUUCUGUUUACUUUUAUUAAUUUAUUUGAUUCCAAUUCCAAUAUUCAACUGUGCGAAUAUCCUUCACAUUUUUCUCAUUCCUUUUUAGUCAAACUCAUGUAAUUAACUCCUAAUUGAAAUAUUGAAAUAUAAUCCUCGUGUUCAAAUUCUUAACUGAAUCUCCGUUUAAGAUUUCGAUACUCUCUUCUAAACAAUACUUUAACAGGUUUUUCGAUUUUAAGGCGAAUAUGGGAUCGGUUUGUUCGUCUGGUAAAGUAGAGAAAAAUAUAAAUGGCGAGAAUCACGUUUCUGGUGUGGGGAAUCUUAACAGGUUAAAGAGCUUUGUGAACAGAAAGGGAAAUUGUUAUUCAAAUCCAAAGAAGCUAAACUCUGGAUUUUCUACUGAACUCAAACUAGUUGAUGAUACAAAUCUCAGAUUAACCAGGAGAAAACAGGCUUCCCAAAGAGGGUCCUUUUUAGGAAGAGCUAGUGAGAAAGCAGUGGAAGUUCUGGACACACUAGGAAGUAGCUUGCCCAAGUUAAGUACCAGUGAUGGUUUUAUCAUUGGCAUGGUUCCUAAAAGGAAUAAAAUUUCAAUGUUGGCAUUUGAAGUAGCUAAUACAAUAACAAGAGGGUCAAUUUUGUUUCGUUCAUUGUCUGAAGAAAAUAUUCAGUUACUUAAAAAUGAGAUUUUACAAUCAGAAGGGGUGCAGAAGUUAGUUUCUAUUGAUACAAAGGAGUUAAUCAGUUUUGUGGAGGCCGAUAAAAGGGAUGAAUUCAAUAUCUUCUCCCGGGAAGUAGUUAGAUUUGGAAAUACAUGUAAGGACCCUCAAUGGCACAACCUCGACCGAUAUUUCUUGCGAUUAGAUUUGGAUGCCUUGAGCAACAAACAACCUAGGGUAGAGGCAGAAAAGACUAUGCAAGAUUUGUCCUCUCUAGCUCAGAAUACUGCUGAAUUAUACCAUGAGUUGAAUGCAUUGGACCGUUUUCAACAGGAUUAUAACCAAAAGGUUAAGGAGUUGGAGUCCUUAAAUCUUCCUCUCAAUGGGGACGGUCUCACAGCUUUUCAUAGUGAGCUUAAGCAUCAAAGAAAGCUUGUGAAGAGCUUGCAAAGGAGAUCCCUUUGGUCCAAAAAUUUGGAGGAGGUAGUUGAAAAGCUUGUUGAUAUAGCCGCACACAUACAUCACGCAAUUUUCGAGUUCCUUGGGAAAAAUACAGGUACAAUUGCAGUAAAAAAUCGUAAUGGACCUCAAAGACUAGGUGAAGCUGGUCUUGCACUGCACUACGCUAACAUUAUCAAUCAGAUAAAUGUGAUAGCAUCACGGCCAACCAUUCUUCCUCCGAAUAUGAGGGACACAUUGUAUAAAGGUUUACCCAAAAAUAUUAAGAACGCUCUUCCUUCCAGGUUGCAAAACGAUGACGUUACGAGAGAGUUGUCCAUUGCUCAAGUCAAAGCUGAAACGGAUAAGAUUCUCCAGUGGCUUACUCCAUUUGCCACAAAUACGACCAAAGCACACCAAGGUUUUGGAUGGGUUGGCGAAUGGGCGAAUACAAGUAAUGAAUUUAUAGAAAAGAUAGCAGGCAAAGAAACCAACCUUAUUCGCCUUCACACACUCCAUUACGCCGACAAACAGAAGAUAGAUUUUCACAUCCUGGAACUAUUGGUUCUGCUUCACCAUUUAGUUAGUUUUGCAAGAUACAGAAACAAUGCCGCAAGACCAAUGUCUAGUACAAGAACAUCUUCUCCCAACAAAGGACUUCAUUUUCAGUCAAAGAUGUUGCAAUUCAUUUCACUUACUCAGUUGUCUGAAGAGGAAAGGAGAUUGUUGGAAGAGGUAACUACGAGGAGAUGGAUUCCAGGAAUUAGCAAAAGUGAGAAUCUUGAGGGGACUAAGAAAAAAGAAGCUAUGGUUUGGCAUUUUAGCAACAGUGUUGGUAGUUCACCAACUAAGUGGCUCUUUGCUACAAAGUUGGACUUGGAUGUUAUGGAUGGUCUAUAAGAUAUUUAGAAUUGUGGCUCAUGCUAUCAAUCCCUAAAACACAAGAAUUUAUUAGAAGAACUUUUUUUAUAGUGUAUUUUCUAUCAAAAUAUACCUAUCAGAAAGCAUGCUAUCUGUAGAAUAUUUUGACAGAUUUAAAGAGUGGAUUGAAUAACUCCAACAACAACCAUUGUCAAUUCAUAUGUUGUUAAUACAUAUAGUUUUUGUUGCUGUUUGCUUUGAAAUUUACUGGAUAAAUAUGUAUAGAAAGGAAAGCUAUAUAGAACACUUUGGUACAGGAACACUUUCUUUUAUUUGAUGCUUUUGAAGGAUAGUUGUAAAUGGAAUAUAUGUUUUUUUUUUUUUUAAUACGCAAGGAAUAUAUUGAUCAAGAGAACCAAAGUUCUCAAAACAAAGAACAAGAGGCCCGGAAUGUGUACCGGACAAAGAAAAAUAGACUCCAAUUGAGCAUUACGACAGAAAAAAUAGGGGAUCCCUACUAAACUCGUAAAAAUUACAAUUGGGAUGUAUAUUUUUCCCUACAAAAGACCAACGCCACACCAAAGCUUUAGCGCCCCAAACUACAUCGGAGAUGUUCCAAGUAUCACCUUUAAACACA